AUGGCGCUACUGCGGCUGCCUAGCGUUAAGCUCUGGAGAGCAAUGGUGAGGGUGCACUCUUCCUGUUCGUCGUCGCCGUCGCCGACGCCGUCGGUGUCGGAGAAGCUGGAAGAGGCUGGUGCUCCUCCUCGCUGGCAGCCAACGGCGGCGAGUACAACAAAGCGGCACUGGAGCGAGCAGCGGGAGGUGUUCACCAUCUGGAUGAAGUCGCUGGUGCUCAACGGCAGCGGGUGCACCGUGUACGACUCCGGCGGCCGCAUCGUCUACCGCGUCGACAACUACAGCUCCCGCAGCGCCGCCGACGUCUGCGUCAUGGACCUCGCCGGCAACGUCGUCGUGCAGAUCCUCAAGAGGAGGAGCCUCGGUCACUUGGUCGGGAGGUGGGACGGGUACCGGUGUCGGGGCAGCGGCGGCGAGCAGCAGGAGGAGACGCCGCCGCCGACGGCGCGACCGUGGUUCAAGGUGGUGAGCAAGGCGUGGCGCGGCGGCGGCGGCCCGUGCUGCGAGUUCAGGAGCGACGCCGACGGGCGCGCCGUGCGGUACAGGAUGGUCGACGGCGCCCGCCGGAGGCGGCUGCGGGAGGCGGCGGCGCCGCCGCACGCCGGGUGCAGGAUCGUGGACGGCGCGACGGGCGCGGCGGUGGCGGAGGUGAGGAGGAAGACGACGACGGCGGGGGUGGCGCUGGGCGACGACGUGCUGACGCUGGUGGUGGAGCCCAACGUGGAGCACUCCCUCAUCCUGGCGCUCCUGCUCGUGCAUGCAUGACAUACGGCCUAU